AUGAACAGAGUUGGUAGAAUAUUAUUAUCAAAUUCAGCUAGAAUCGGGUCAUCAUCUGCUGCUGGUUUCGUCGGCAGAAGUACCACCUCCACCUUUACUCCAUCUUCCUCUUCUUCUUCCUCUUCUUCUUCUACUUCUUUAUUAUUAUCAAAUUUCAAGGUAGAACAAAAGAGAUAUUAUCAUGAACGUGUAUUGGAUCAUUACAAUAACCCACGUAACAUUGGUUCGUUUGACAAGAAUCUACCAGACGUUGGAACUGCUACAGUCGGUGCCCCAGCUUGUGGUGAUGUUAUGAAGAUUCAAAUCAAGGUAAAGGAGAACAUUAUCGUCGAUGUUUGCUUCAAGACCUUUGGUUGUGGUUCUGCUAUUGCUUCGAGUUCACUCGCCACCGAGUGGGUCAAGGGCAAGACACUUGACCAAUGCCUCGAAAUCAGAAACACAGAUAUUGCCAAGCAUCUCUCCCUCCCACCCGUCAAGAUGCAUUGCUCUAUGCUUGCUGAACAAGCCAUCAAGCGUGCCAUCUAUGACUACAAGGUCAAGUUGGAAAAGCAACAAGCCAAUGGAGAAGGUAUUCCAAAGGAAAAGGUUAUUGAAACGACACUCUAA